AUGUUUAAACUUCUGAUUAUGCUCAGCCAACUGCCUGUUACCUUUACCUUUCCUCAUUGCAUUACAAGCCUGAAGGACUCCAGGCAUGCUGAAGAAGUCUUUACUUCAAAAGAAGAAGCAAACUUGUUUGUACAUCGGCGCCUCUUAUACAACAGAUUUGAUCUGGAACUCUUCACCCCUGGUAACCUAGAGAGAGAAUGCAUCGAAGAACUUUGUAAUUAUGAGGAAGCAAGAGAAAUUUUCAUGGAUGAUGAUAAAACGAUGCUAUUCUGGCAGGAAUAUUCAACUAAAGGCCCAACCACAAAAUCAGAUGAUAACAGAGAGAAAAUUGAUGUUAUGGGCCUACUGACUGGGCUGAUUGCUGCUGGAGUGUUUUUGGUAUUUUUUGGAUUACUUGGCUACUAUUUUUGUAUCACUAAAUGUAACAGACAACAGCAUCAAGGUCCCUCAGCUACGCACGUAAGAAGAGGCAGGCACACUCCCUCCAUCAUUUUCAGAAGACCUGAGGAAGCCGUCUUAUCUCCAUUGCCGACUUCUGUGGAGGACACUGAAUUACCUUCUUACGAACAGGCAGUGGCACUGACCAGAAAACACAAUGCCUCGCCGCCACCACCAUAUCCUGGGCCAGCAAAAGGGUUUAGGGUAUUUAAAAAAUCUAUGUCACACCCAUCUCAUUAA